AUGAGCCUUAAACUUUACGGUCAUCCCAUCUCGCUUUGCACGAGACGUGCUCUGAUAGUGCUCGCGGAGAAGAAUGUCGACUUUGAGUUUGUAAAUGUCGACUUCAUGUCUGCGGAGCAAAAGCAACCUCAUUACAAGGACAGACUCCCCUUCGGACAGAUUCCACUGCUCGAAGAUGGAUCUUUCGGUCUUUAUGAAUCGAGAGCUAUUGCCCGUUACAUCGCUGCUCGAUACGCCGGUCGGGGUACCCGCUUGCUUCCUGCUCAAGACGACAUCCAAGCUCUGGGUCUCUUCGAGCAAGCAGCUUCUAUCGAAUACUCUCAGUUUUACGAUGUGGCGUUGCAAGUCUUGGUGCAGAAGUUCUUCAACCCAUCGAAAGGCAUUGCUACUGAUGAAGUCGCGUGUGAAGCUGCCGUGAAAAGGCUCCAUAGUAUCCUGGACAUUUUGAACAAGAUUCUGGACAGCCAAGAUUACUUUGCCGGCGACUAUUUCUCCCUCGUCGACACCUUUUACAUGCCAACCGUUGGCCAUCUGUUCCACGCCGGGGAAGGCGCUGCUUUCGAGAGCCUUCCCAAUCUGAAAGCUUGGUGGGACAGGGUUUCGGCCAGGGAAUCGUGGAAGAAGGUUGCUCAGCAUUGA